AUGACACUCGUCAACCAGCUGCUGUCGCCGUAUGGCGCCGCUCUGCUGGCCGUGGCCGUGCUGGCCUACUACCUCGUGCCCUACUUCACCACCUACGGCGCCCUGCGGGGGCUGCCCGCGCCCUUUCCGGCCCAGUUCUCCGACCUGUGGCUGCUGUCGACGGCGCGCCGCGGCCGUCGGUACCAGCUUGUCGACGCGGCGCACGAGAAACUGGGCCCCGUCGUGCGCAUUGCGCCCAACCACGUCAGCAUCAACGACGACCAGGCCAUCCAGGUCAUCUACGGCCACGGCAACGGCUACCUCAAGUCGUCCUUCUACGACGCCUUUGUCAGCAUCCGCCGCGGCCUGUUCAACACGCGCGACCGCGCCGAGCACACCCGCAAGCGCAAGGUCGUCUCGCACACCUUCUCGGCCAAGUCGGUGCUGCAGUUCGAGCCGCACGUCCACGAGAACCUGCGCCUCUUUGUCCAGCAGUGGGACCGCCUCAUCCAGACGUCCGGCCGCGGCGACCAGACGGCCCGCCUGGACUGCCUGACCUGGUUCAACUUUCUGGCCUUUGACAUCAUCGGCGACCUGGCCUUUGGCGCGCCCUUUGGCAUGCUCGCGGCCGGCGCCGACCUCGCCGAGAUCCGCGGCCGCCCCGACGAGCCGCCCACCUAUGCGCCCGCCAUCCAGAUCCUCAACCGCCGCGGCGAGGUGUCCGCCGCGCUCGGCUGCCUGCCCGAGCUCAAGCCGUUUGCCAGGUACCUGCCCGACCCCUUUUUCCGCCGCGGCCUGGCCGCCGUCGAGAGCCUGGCCGGCAUUGCCGUCGCCCGCGUCAAGGCGCGCCUCGACAACCCGCCGUCCAUUGACCGCAAGGACCUGCUCGAGCACCUCAUGCACGGCAAGGACGGCCACGGCAACCUGCUCGGCCGCGAGGAGCUGACCGCCGAGGCCCUGACCCAGCUGAUUGCCGGCAGCGACACCACUUCCAACUCGUCCUGCGCCCUGCUGUUCCACGUCGUGCGCACCCCGGGCGUGCUCGCCAAGCUGGCGGCCGAGAUCGACGCCGCCGUGCCUGACGGCGUCGACGUCCCCGCCUACGACAUGGUCAAGGACCUGCCCUACCUGCAGGCCGUCCUCGACGAGACCCUGCGCCACCACUCCACGUCGGGCAUCGGCCUGCCGCGCCAGAUCCCCCACGGCGCCCAAGGCCUGCACCUGCACGGCCACUACUUCCCGCCCGGCACCGUCCUGAGCGUGCCCACCUACUCGGUGCACCACGCCAAGGCCAUCUGGGGCCCCGACGCCGACGCGUUUCGCCCCGAGCGCUGGGCGUCCGUCACGCCGCGCCAGAAGAACGCCUUCAUCCCCUUUAGCUACGGCCCGCGCUCGUGCGUCGGCCGCAACGUCGCCGAGAUGGAGAUGAAGCUCAUCGUGGCCACCUGGGUGCGCCGCUACCGCGUCGCGCUGCUCCAGGACCGCAUGGAGACGCGCGAGGGCUUCCUGCGCAAGCCCGUCGACCUCUGGAUUAGCAUUGCCCGGAGAUAG